GAUGUCUAUGAAAAGUACUAAGGGAGCAUCCUCUGCUGCCAGUGUAUCUCCACGAACAGGAAAGGGACCAGCUGCUGGCAGAAAUCCCACUGCUGGGAAAUUCAGAAGCAAGGCCCUUCAGCUCAGCCUCUCCCAGAAAUUCUGCACAAAGGCCCAGGCCUCAUCAGUGAAAGGUAACAGCUCCAAAGAGGAGGAGCCUCGACGAAAAAGCAGAAGAAGUCUCAGCAACAGCUCAGCUGUCGCGGCCGCUUACAUCUCCUACCUCAAUAAACUCUUUGGACAGGAGAGAGAACUAAUGCCAGAAGAGUUGGAUGAGCUGCAAGUGGCUUUUAAAGAAUUUGACUAUGACGCUGAUGGCUUCAUCCAUUACAAAGACAUAGCAGACUGCAUGAGGACUAUGGGUUACAUGCCCACAGAGAUGGAGCUCAUUGAGAUCAUCCAGCAAAUCAAGAUGAAAUGGGGUGGUCAUGUGGACUUUGAUGAUUUCUGUGAGCUUAUGGGUCCAAGGAUGCUGACUGAGACGGCUCAUAUGGUUGGGCUGAAGGAGCUGCGUUGUGCCUUUAAACAGUUUGAUUGUGAUGGUGAUGGAAAGAUCACCUCAGAUGAACUGAAAGAAGGCAUGAAGACACUCCUGGGGGAGAAACUGAAGAAAGGAGAACUGGAGGAGAUCCUCAGUGACAUUGACCUCAACAAAGAUGGACACAUAGACUUUGAUGAAUUUAUGAUGAUGCUUUCUGCUAGAUGAUGGAAGACUGAAUGGAAGACGGAAUUCAGUUACCAGUUACCUUCUCUACGCUACUAAAGCAUAUUAAUCUGCACAUAUUGACUGUCACCAAUCAAAUAUGUUCAUUAUUUUAUGUUUUUGUGUUCUACAUCUGUUAGGCUUCAUGUUUUUCAUUGGCUGAUCAUCUGGCUGAUGCAAGUGCAGGUCAAUGAUGAAACAUGUCUGCAUAGACAUUAGUGCUACACUAUCCCCCCCUUGUGGCUCAAAAACAAAGCACAUGUUUACACCUAACUUGCAUCUCGCAGAAUUUAAGUUCCAGCUCAGCUGAAGCAGGAGGUUUUCACCACAACCCAGUUGUGAUGUGAAGCUUCUAACAUGCAGCUCUCGAGUCAGACUGUGAAGG